ACCAACUUGUUGAAGCCAGAGAAAUAUGAAUUUUUUACACAUCUCUUAUUGAAAGUGCAACCAUUUUUUCCUGUACCCCAAACAAUUGUUGCAUUACACACAGCAUAAGAUAAUUCCUCUAUACAUUUUCACAUCCCGUGGCUUCUGCUGGGAGAUAAGUCACCUCCUUAGGGUCACCCUAUAAAAAGCGCAAAAUGGCAAUUUACACCCUUGCCUCUGACCUGAAGCCUUUAUCCAAUGUGAAAUGCAACCAGAAUACUUCACUCUAAGCCAAAUGGGCCUGUGUUAUCACAAGACCAAAAAGGCUUUAGAUGUAAGGGCAUGUCUCUGGUUUCAUUGGAGUUUCUUGCAUCCUGUCUGUACUCCUGUGUGAAAAGCUAGCUUGUCUAGGCUAAGAAACAGAAAAGCUACCUGGUUUGCUCUAUGGCUAAGAGUAAGAAAGACCUUUCCCAAAAAAACCCACAAAAAACCCCAAUGUUUUGAACACUGUACCAUAAAUAUUCCUUAGGGUUAAAAUCUAAGCUGCACUUUAAUUGGUAUAACUGUUUUAACUUCCUUGUCCUUUGUGUUGCUUUUCCCAAGCUUCCCCUGCUCACUGAAGUUUUGAACUGGAUAAUUCAAACAUUCAGAACCAAUUAAGCGUCUUUAUUCAUAUACUAAUGUGUGAGGUUGGGUAGCUCUGCACUGAAUACGAAAGAAGUGCCUAGUAUUAGUUCAACCCCUGCCUGUGACAGCAAGAUGUCAUUAACUACUUUAGUCUAAAUGUCUGGUACAGUGAUAACUACAAAUCAAAUCUAUGAGCUCCUGCAAAAGCUGGUUAGCCUACUCAGUCACCUCAGGGCUGAACUGGAGCAUGAGCAUAUUGGUUUGGCUAGAUGCUGACUCCCUGGAUCUGUGGCACCUGCCAUGAAGAGGCAGCCUCAAGACCAGAGAGGAUUGUUAUUACAAAAAUACACCACGUGUGUAAGAAAGCAGUCUGAAUCUACCCUGGCAGAGUACCACUUUCUGUCACUUGCAGCAAAAAAAAGCCUUGGGCUGAUGAGUCAAAUGCAUGGCAGAUUUGACCCUACUCAAAAACCUGUAUCUUGACCCCAAUAGUCAAUGCUUCCUGCAGCAUAAACUGGCACUAAAUACAGACUAUUAUGGCACAAUCGCCUGCUUACACCCUUCCUCCUCAGUCAGCCAACCAAUCUCCACUGUUAUAGCAUAACAGUUGCAUCUUACGGGAAAGCUUGAUGCAAGCAGUGCUAGGCAGCGAAGCAAAGAAGGUUUGAGACAGACGGGGGGGUGGGGAGCCGAAGCAUCCUUGAGAGCCUGCUACAGCCCUUCCCAGCCAGUGUGGAAGCCAUUCUGGCACACCCCUGAUGGCUCCAACUUCUACCCCAGCACUUGCUGAGCUAAUCACCACCUGGGGUGUACUGACCUUUCUUGAUGUCAACAUUUGCUCUAUUGUCAGCUCGCACAAAGAAGCUGCCUGUGCGUUCCUUCCAGAGGGAAUUAUAAAGCAGCAUUACCCAGUAACAGAUUAGGCCACAAAAGCUAGUGCUGCUACAUAACUUUGCAGAAAGGCACAAACCCUUAUUCCAUAUGCACUAUGAUAGUGGGAGGUUUUUAACAUCAUGGCCUAAAAUCUUGGACUAGGAGUCUGCCAUUCCUGGCUAUGGAUCUAAUAAACAAAGAAAGGGAAGCAAGUCAGGUUCCAUAUCCAGCUAAAGAUGUACCUUGGUGAGUUGUCACUAUCUGGGCUUUGCUAGGAAGAGGGCUAAAUGUCAUAAUCCCUACUAGUUAGCUGCCUGGAACCUGUGUGACAAUUUAACACGAGCAGAAUGACAGAAUUCAGGGUGCAAUAGGGAGUGGCUGCUCCAGUGCUUCUGAAAAUACAAUGGGCAGCAAAGGCAGGUUAAAGCUGCCUGAAUAGUGACAGGUCCACAAAAGAGCACUCUACAAAGCCACAAUGGAAGAUGUGUGUUGUUUAACAGAAAUAACAAUUUCCAUCCUGCAGAACUUUACUCAACAGAAGGGGAGAAAAAUAAACUGUUCAGGACUAACCCUAAACUGCUUUUUAAUUUCUUUCAGGCCAAAGUAUCCCAGUUUCAACCAGGAAGAUAAAAUUUCUGUAGUAUGUAUAACUUAUUCAAAGUGAGUGCACUUAUUCUGCUUUUCCUAGACAUGGAGCUAUGCAGGCCACAGAGCUCCAGUUCCAUGGCCCCUAGGAAACUUACAAGGUAUCCCUGGCUUUCAAUAUUUCAUCAGAUAUUGUUCACACAUUUUCAAGCCCACCUUCAAAAACCUGGAGGCUAGAAAUGUUCCUUUUCAUUUAAAGAUAAAUUAUAUUCAUCAUAAUCAAUUAUAAUGAAUUAUACAUAUGCCCAAUGUGGGAAACGGGAGCAGAUUGGAGUUCUACUUACACUUGAGUGAAAUCUCCAAAAACACAUAGUUAUAGAUAUUUCUAAGUAUCAUUCCUUAACAACCUCUCAAAAACAGCUCCAAGCUCAUGCUUUUCUAUCUUGUAAGUGUAGAAUUUUAUUCUUACAAACAGGCAGCAACAGUUAAGACACCAAUCACUUGGCAAAGUGAAAUCUUCACUAUUAUCAUAACACAGACUGCCCCACAACUUAAGAUGGAGCCUCAAGAAAUAUGGUGCCCUUUCAGUAACUAGUACCACAGCAUCCAUUCUUCUUGCUUCUCCUUGUUAAUGUCCAUUAUACAGCACAUCACAGUCCAGAGAUAAGGAUAGUUUACCUGGAUACAGAUAAAGAGCUGUUUUACUGCAAUAUACUGUAGUGACUAUGAGUGUGAGCUUUGAUUGGGAAGUCCAUCUUCAAUCCACACAUAAACUCACUAGAUAGUCUUGAAUAAGCUACUAUUCAUCAGCUUCAACAUUCAAUCUGCAACAUGGGAACAAAAAUACUUGUCUACAGUAUAUGGUUGUUUCUGAUCUUUCAAAAAUGCAUUGUAUAAAUCUGAAGCACAAUUGUAUUUUAAUUAGCAGCCUGCCUUCCACAAGGCCACCACAAAGAAUUUUGAGAAAUAGCUGCAAAAGCAUUACAGUGAAGGAAUGUGGAACAAUUACAUAGGUAAGAUCCUCUUUAGCCUUGAACCAAGUGGUGGCACUCACUCUAGUCUAGCAUAUUUGCCAGUGAAGUUGUGGUAUGCCUAUAGCAGAGGUGGGCUACCUGCUAACCAAUUUUUAAAAACCCUCAGCAAGCCAUCUCUGGCAAGAGUGAUCUCCCCCUGCCCCCAGCCUGCUGGCCAGGGAGGAGGAGGAGAAGGAGGAGAGAGGGAGAGAAAGAGAGAGAGAGAGAGAGAGAAGUAAGGAGUGGCAGAAAAGAGAAAGGAAAGCUGGUGGCAGCCCCACCCAUGAUCAGCAUGCAGUCCCCGACAGACAACUGCUAAGGGAAUGAGGCCCUCAAAAAUAAAAGGUUACUCUCAUUACAAAAUUCAUGUAAAUAUAGGAAGCUGCCUUAUACUAUGACAGACUAUUCUAAGUGGAAGGAGCUCUCCAGGGUCUGAGACAGAGGUCUUUCCCAUCACCUGCCAUCAGAACCUUUUACAUGGAGAUGCCAGGAGUCAUAGCCAGUAUUACAAUACCAUUUAAAUAACUCCUGUGAAUUAGGGAACAUUUAUACCUACAUCUAAAAGAGAACAGAGGCAGGUGAUUACACAACUGCCAAAAGAAUAAAGCAGUCACCAGACAACAGUUCAUUUUCCAGGUGUGUUUCUAAAGGCCACUUUGCUUUCUACAACUAGAGGGUAUCUCCUGAGGAGUGAAGCUAAAGGAGAAAGCCCAAAGUGCCAUGAGUUCUGACUAUGACAUGCUAAGGAUUCAAUGAGUAACAGGAUGCCUUUGGGUAUGCUGUCAGGGCAGAUCAUCACUUCUGCAAAUGCCCCCUCAAGCCAGCAGCAGUAGUGUCAGCCCCCCCGCCAGGCUCAUCAUGAUACGCUCUCAGAAGCAGGUAAGCGGAGGAAAGGUUCCCAGAUUAUAACAUAAGGACCAAUAUUACUGCCACUCCAAAGAGAGAGAGUGUGUGUGCGAUUCAGUGGGAUUCAGAGGCUACAGUAGUGCAAAUUAAACCGUGAAGCCAAUGUCAGAGACCAAUAACAUGCCAAGGGCACUCUCAGUCCCCUGAAAAAGAUCAAGAUGGGAGCAGCUAUGCCCACCGAAUAGGUGAAGUACAAAACUACUGGAACUCAAGACAGGAUUGCCUGAGACAAAUGUACACUAAAAGCCUGAGCACAUUGAAAGCUCCUAAUCCCGUGUGCGAAAAUUAACUGGGGUGCAGGAUAAGGCACUUCCACCCAAGCCACCCCGCAACCCCAACACAGGUACCCUAAAGCGGCCCCUCCUCCCCACCUCUCACCUUCUCCACGUUCUCCACGGUGAAGUCCAGGGUCUGCGGGAGGGCAGCGGCGGCAGCCUCCCCUCGGCGCUCCAUGGCGCCGGCACGCCGACGGUCUGAGCCUCGCCCUGCACUGGGGCUCAGCUACAGGGGGGUAGGCGGCGGCGGCGACAGCAUCUUGGGGUGGAAGGACGGGCGAAAGAAGAGAAGAGCAGCCCCCCAAACGAGAAAGGGCAAUUCUCUCUGCCUGUGUCUCGCCCGAAGGAAAGGGGAGUGCUACGUGUGCUCAGCCUGUCAAUGGGAGGGGUUUUUCUUUUUUAAAAAAGGGGUGGGGGCUGCCGGAUUCUUUCCCAAUAUUCUUCUUUUUUAAAGGCGCGAUGUCUUAUCAGCUUCUCUGCAAGAGGGAUACAUGCCUAGCUGCCCCCCACAGGGUGAUGUGGGGGAGACGGGACUCUCAGCAGGGAAAUAAGGGGAGAAUAUCCCGCCUGUUCCCAACAAGAUUCAGAGUGAAUGGAAGCUACCUGCCUCCGCCCCGGUAAAGCGCACGGACUAUCUGCGCCCCGCCUUGAGCGGGAUUAUUGGGAGGGAGGGAGCACAGAAAAGGCUUGAUAAACUGACGCAAAUUUCCUGGGGAAGCGGGGAAUCUGUCCUUCUGCCCUUAAUGGCGGAGGAGGUACCUGCCUAUCACCCGCCACAGACACAGACAGACAGAAGGGCGUCUGCCGGUCUCGUACUCGCCCGGCCCCUCCCGCUCAACGCCCUCCGAGGAGGGUCGCUCUAUCUGCCUGAGGCGGCAACCGCUGCCGCCGCCACCGCCGCCGAGACGCCUCCCUGGCCGCUCAGUCGGACUAAUUGACUGGCAGUUGGUCCGGGCACCCAGUGGGGCACCCAGUGAGAGCGGAGGGAGGGAGGGCCUCACGCGCUGCCGGGUUGUCUUCGCCAAAAGCCCUCUUGCCAGCUCGCUCGCUCGCUUCCAGUCAGGCGCCAAGAACAGCCGCUUCCCGCUGAGGACCAAGCUUGUGGCGGAAGGAUCAUGGGAGUUGUAGUUCCCAGCUCCGGAAGCGAGAGAGACAUUGGCCGAGGGGUGCUCAUGGGAGUUGUAGUUCUUGCAGUGUGGCGAGUCUCUGCCUACUGCACCCCCUGGUGGCGGGGAAAAAAUAGUGAAUCUCAGCUAAGCAGUGGGAUUCUGCGAGACUGGGGCGGACGAAGUUGGAAGUGGCACCCCGGUAAGGGAGUCUGGUCCAGGUACCUCGUAGCAGCAGCAAAUUUGCAGCAGGUAUAAAAUAGAAUGUUAUGGAAACGCUUAGGUAACCCAUAAAUCACUCAAAGCAAUUUACACAAGCAUUCCCAAUCCCGGUAGACAACCUUUCAAGUGGCAUUGGUGGGUGGGGUCAGGUGUAAAAGAAGGCAGAGCAUCGGAUGUGACUCACCUUUGCGUAGUGGGCUACUUUUUACAGUUCAAUGACAUGUUCUGGUCAGAUAAAAAAGCUGAAGGGGGCACAGAGCACGGUCAGUGACAAUGCUGGAUUAAACCCUGUGGAGGCCCCAUGGCAGUUGAAAUAUUGGGGGAGGGCUCACAAAUUAUCUCCUAAUACAUUUCUUGUAAUUUCUUAAAAGACCAAGUCAAUAUUAUUUUGAUCCAUUGUCGAGGGGCCCCUAAAAGGCAUAGGCCCAUAGGCCAGUCAGUGAAGGAUGUGGCCUGGGAGGUCUCAGGGCGGGAAAGAGAAUUUGGAGAGCUACAAUCAGCCCCCAUCCCUGAGGUUCCUCAGCCCUGCUUAAACAUUUAAACAACAAACAACCAAACCCUAAGACCACACCAGUCCCAGCAACAUAAAAAACAAAACUAGGUGUCUUUAUGAACCUGGGCAGAAAAGGGGGGGGGCAGCUACUUUACAGAUGUACUCCUACACUCUUCGACAGAGUAAGUCACCAGGACUAACUUCUAAGUAAACACUGCACAACAGGCGCCAGUAUAAACACUGCUUAAGCUACUUGUGUGGUAGGCACUAGUCCAGGAUUUAGUAAUGUGUGAAACGUGUUUGCAUAACUAACUGCUGGAGUACAUGCAGUUAUGCGUGCCUAAUUUGUUAUUACCAUCACUUGUGUUUAAAGAUUCUUUAUUAUUUGUUUAUCCAAUCCUGAUCGGUAGUUGGAUUUGUUCUUUUUAAUGAUUGGUGUAGACGGCAGGUUGUAAAUAUUUUAAUUAAUAAAUAAAAUAGCUUACCACUGAUAUUUACUACCUGCUAAAUUUGAAAACAUCUCAGAUUAUUCUGACCAGUGUGGGAGAUGUGAUUUGUACAAUGUUGUCUCUAGUUUUAAUGGGGUCUUACUUUUCAUAAUUUUUGUUUUCAGUGUGGAAAAGUCACUCCAACAGAACUCCCUUUUUCCUUUCAGGAAUGUGUUGAUAGAUGCCAGCUUAACCUUGGCUCAAAUUGGAGAAGCUCAGCAGCACAAUCUAUUCUUUACCACCUGUGCUGUUGUUAGAAAUGAAUAAAAUAACAUAUUC